UCAUUAGCAUGAAUCGGGGGAAGGGCAUAAAAGACUCCGCUUCGUUUUGAGGCUGGAAAAAAAAAAAAGAAAGAAAAAAAAAGAAAAACAAAACUUUUACUUCAAAAUGACAACCAAAGCGCUCUGGCUCCUCUGCUUUGUCAUUAGAUCGUCUUGCAGCUCGGUGGCCGGAUCCCUGCCCUGUGCUGAGAAAGCCAGCCAGUCUCUCAGCAAAUAUGGGUGUAACUCAGCAGAUGCUACACCCGGCCAAGCCAAACUGCCAGCCUGGGCCACCACUAGAGAGGAUCCCACCGAAUACCAAUUUCUGUCUCCCACCAACCUGCAGCACCCAAAACCUCCUGAAAUCACCUCCCUCUCUUCAGACAAAAAGAAACGAACCAAGCCUUCUACUGAAAACAGCACAGGGCUGAGGAAACACCUCCUGCAGCAUGGAGGGACCCUGCCUCUGGAACCUGCAAGCGAGGGGCCUUCUCCCACCUCCUUUGACUUGAACCAGGCAAACAGAAAGCAGGCAGACAGGCGGCUGGCGGAGGCUGCUAACAGCGUGUCAGCUCAUUUCCAGCACACAGCAACUUCCUACCAUAAGAUCACAUCCUUACUGGGGGCUCAUCCUUUUCUAGAGUCUGGAACAGCAGAGUCAGCUGAUCCUAACGUGCUGGAUCAUUUCAACCGACCAGGCAAGGUAAACCCCUACAAAAGCACUGAAUUGCUGCAGAUGAUCAGCAAACCCUCCUGGGUCACCAACCGCCAGCCACCCAGCUUGCCACACCAUUUCAGCUUGCUGAAGAAAGGUGCUGAUAUGGAGAAGGCAUGUCUGACCGAGUGCAGGAAAGAGAGAGAUGAAGUGGAGGCCUACUGCACAAGUGAAUUUGCAGUGAAUGGAAUUGUUUAUAACAUGGAAAGACUGGGGAGUGGAGUCCACUUGGUUACACUUUUGGUAAACAGUGAUGGCCUGUACAAGAUGAGUCGCCUCUUUAUUACUCCUGAUGGCUUCUUCUUCCGAGUUCACAUUCUAGUUGUGGAUUCUUUCAACUGCAGCAAGCCAUGUCCAGACUUCAAACUUGGCAGCAGAUACAUCGUGAUGGGUCAGAUCUACCACAAGAGAAGACAGAUCCCUGCAAACCUAGUGCAGUUCCUGCGUGGGCACCUGAGGCCAGGGGAUGGCUUGAUUGCAAGCAGCAGCAGCUACGUGAAGAGAUUCAACAGGAAAAGGAGCCGCAAAGUGCAAGGGGCUCGCACUAAAUGUAGAUAAGGCUUCGUAAGCUCCUCCUGUAACGCAGGCAGCAGUAGAAUUCACCUACACCUAAACAUAAUGAUUUAGCAACAGUGGGAGGUAGUUCUACUGAUGUCUGAAACUGAUUGUAAUAGCACUUGCAUUUGUGCUGUAGUGAACGCUAGCUGAAUGUUCUGAUUAGCCACCUAUAACAUAGCACAAAAGUCCAUCUACAGUAACUGGUCGUAACCUUGCUCUAGCUGUUUUCAGAGCCACAGGCUAUUGCCUCCUCUGCUGUAACGUACCACUAAUAAUCUGUAGUGAUUGCUCAGUGAAAUUCUGAAGACAUGGUUCUUAGGUACACAAGAAGUAACCGUACUUCCAAGCCCCUCACCUCAAACAAACCUUAGAGGAUGUCAAAUCUAUAGAGAAUGUCAGUUGCGUUUUCACUCAGCUCUAAGUAUUAUAUACAUGUGAUGCAAAAGAAACCAACAAAACCAAGUAUCUUUCAUAUUAUGUUGGUCUCCUCAAAUACACUUCUUUAGACAGAAUUGAGUUUUCAUAUAAAGCUUAUAAAGUAGUGUAUUCAUAUACUUGAAUAAUUAACAACUAACUGAAAGCAAAUCAAGUAACUACACAACGCAAAUGCCCAAUUAGGCUUACAAAUUAUGGCAGAAGUUCCUGCCAAGGAAUGCAAACUGAGCGUGCAAUUGCAAGCACAUUUUGUAUGCCUGGCUACCUUGUCAGUUCCUUAAAAGUUCAGCUUUAGAACUCUGUACUGAAUGUUAUCUUCCCAUGAGAAUUAUCAAAGUUGCACUUGCACAUCAGGAGUUAUUCUGAAUCAAAGACACAACCCUUUAGCACCAUUAAGCAGUGGAGAUUUAAGAAUUAUAUAAAUGUUCUGCAAAGGGCAUCUCUUAAUGUUUACUGCUCCAGCAGUCAGUAUUCACAAACUCUAAGUCUGUACAAUAAAUGAAUAAAGUGUUCACAGGGUUCUCAGUUCAGUGUUUUUCUGGGUUUCAAAAGAUCAAAAAAGAUUAUGCAGAGAGUAUUAAAUGGGAGCAUCUCCUUGCUGGAAGGAUCACCUGGUGAUUUCAAGGCACAGUUCAAAUCUGCCUACUUCAAACAACGGAGUAGAAAAAUAACUGCUAACUACUAUUGUUAGUAAGACAAAAUAUUCUUGCCAAAGCAGUAGCUCUGACAGUAUUUGCAAGUAUCCCUACAAAUAAGCCACUAGAAUCUUAAUGGCAACAAAAAGUUUAAUUUUCUUUUUCUUUUUACCAAUUCUACCUCAGAUAAAUCCUCAGCUUGGUUUAGAGUCACUGAGAAGCUAUGGAGCAGAGCAUGUGGGAUAAGUCGCAUGUAUGAGAUACUUCUUGAUCUGGAAUAGGAGACAAAAUACCAUCAGUGAACAUCCUACAUUUUAGGACCUAGAAAACUGUUGCUAUAGGACAUAAACUCACCAGUAGUUCGUGUUCAUCUAAAAUAUACCAUCUCACUUCUGCAGUGUGAAAGAGGUCAUACAGAGCAUAGCGUACAUAGCUGGAAUUUUCCCAAGACUUUAAUUAAGAGGGCUCCUGAUUUGGCAAAAUCAUUCCUGGCAGUGAUUCUGAGGGUGGGACAGGGGAAGGAAGGAGGAAGGGUUACAUGUGCAUCUCAAGUUUCUUUGUUUCUAUUUUCAAAUGCAGCCCAGGGACUAAUGAGCAAGUCCCAGAUCAAUCAUCUGCCCAGAAUAGCAACUACGCACCCAUCCCCACCUCCAAGACGUCAUCGUAAUCUAAAGCAGGCAAAGCAGGGGUGCAAAAACACAACCAAGAUGGGACAUGGCCACAGAUGUUAUCUCAGAAGAUAACAGCAUACCACUGCCAAUGACAUCCAAACCCAAAGUAAAAGGCCAGCAACCCACACAGCCUCUACUGCUACCUCAGGUACAAGUGCUGCUCUAGAAGCAAGCCUGAACAGCAGUGGAUUCCAUUCUCCCUGUUUACAUCACAAGGCCACCUUCUUUUCCCUUUCUUUCUUGGAAGGUGUUCCUUAAAAUAUUACCACAACAGCCAAGCAACAAACCACUGCAUUUCACAGCCCAACUGCAAUGCAGCUGGAGGGAAGCAUCACUACUGUUUUCUGACCAGGCCUAUCACGUGCUACAGGAUUGAAGAAAAACAUUCUGAGUCACGUGGAAUUCCAAAAUGUAGCACUUACCAUUAAAAAAACCCACAGCAUUGAGCACACUGAAAAGAAGAUGUUACUUAGAUGCAAUAGUUGCAAUGCUAAGUGAGAUAUCUCACAACAGAUCGUUUUGUUUCCCCCCCAGAACACACACAAACAUUCUGCAGCCAACACACAGAAACCCAGGUGCAGAGCAAUGUUGUCUUCCUGCCCUCCUAGGAGAUAUUCAUGGCUUUUGGGUAAGCUUGACUUUUUAACCACCUUUAAAUCCACAUUAACCGUUUGAUGAACUGAAUUUAGGUCAUAGGAAAUUGAUUGAAAGUUGUCUGAGAAACAAAAAUCAAGCCAGAAUGGUUCACAUGAUCAACAUCUAUGUUACAAUACAUGACUAUUUUGAAACAUGCUAUUAUUUAUAAGAAAUUAAAAGGAAGAUGACUGAACAGAGAUCACAGAUCUUAGGAACUUACCAUACUUUUAGGAAGGUGGGAAUUAAUAACUUUUACAAGACCGCUUUCAUCCAGAAACACCUUUUAACUAAAAAUAUCACCUCUAAUAAACCAAGACAAAUGCCUCACUGCAUUCAUCGGCAAUUGAAAAACUCAAGGCAGCUUUCAGCAAGAUGAAAUCACGUGCAUGGAUUAUUUCCCUGAUGAAACUGAUUCACUAGCAAUCAGACCUAAUCUGGAAAAGCCAAGACCUACAACAACGCCACAACAUCACCAAUGGUUUCAUUAGAAACACCACCAAAUCAAUGUCAAGCACGUUAUUUUAUUUGUCUAGGAUGAUGUGUCCUUUCAGGUACAAAAAAAGUACUCUUCAAUUUGCCACAGGUUUUUAAAAACAUAGCAGUCUAUUGCCUACAGGUAGGAAAGUUUUAAAUGUCAUAUAGUACAGAAAUAUUACCAAGUUCUGAUGAAAUGCAAGGUAUGUUAAAACACUGUUAGAAGCUGUAAUUUUUUCCUUUCUGCAUUAAAAACACAAUGCGUACAAUAUGCAGCAUUUUUAUCUUAAAUGUCAAGGACAACAUAACCUAAAUGCAACUACUCCUCUUUAACUUCAAGAAGCGUAAAUGGAUAACUGUUUUCACACUGAGCAAUUAUUUUUGUCACAUAUAGGUUAAAUGACAACAUUUGAACGUACAAAAAACCAUGGGUUUUAUUAGAUAAAAUUAUCCCAGAAGUAUCUGUACACCUGAGCCUGUGAGUAUAAGAAAGUGUGGUCAGUAGCAACAUCUUUAAGAAAAAACAACAAGGAAGGUUCUUGCAUAGCAAGGUGUGAGGUUAAACCCAGGAGGAGCUUAUUCAUACAUCAGGGAAAUCCCAGCUCACUGAACAGAAGUUAACUGCGAAUCAGUGCAAAAGCUUAAGUCAAAUGGUUGGAGAGCUGCAUACAAAUCAUGGCUCAGUAACUAGAUUUAGGAAAUAGGAGACAGUCAUUUACGCAGUAUGCAAGUGAGAAAGAAAAAGAAACACCUGCAAAUUGCAUCUUCUUUUGACUACAACUUACUCUUCUCGCCAGCAACUCCUUAUACAGGAAACGACAAAGCCAUCUGGAACGCCUCUCAUAGAUACACUGACACCUGGAACUGUACAUUUCUAGGGUACUUGGUAAGAUAUCACUUAGUUCAGCAGUGGGCAGUGCCAUCUCACCAAACGCUUCCUACCACGUUACCCGUUACAGUAAUUUUGGCACCAGUGUAGGAAUUCUGUAACGGGAUAACAGCUGCUUAGAAAAGAGAAGUUCUAAAUGCCACCUCGGGAG